AUGGUCCACCCCCGGUCCCGCAUUCCUAUGAACCUGCCUCUGCCUGGCGUCCUCCCUAUGCGCCGCAUUAUGACAGUCAUGCUCAUCCUCACGCCCAUCCACACGCCCAUCCCCAUGUUUCCGCCCCGGAACGCAGACCCCCCCACGACCCAGGCCACUCUCCCACCGCCAAAUUACCCUGCCAUGCAUGGCCGCGAACUACCACAGUUACACCUCGAUGGUCCUUACAGUCGCCCCGGCAGCUUACCAGGAUCAGCCGGCCCUGACCCUCACACCGCACAACAUCCUUUUCGUCCCCCAAUGAACGGAACCCCCCCACGAAGUCUCGCCGCAUUCCGCCCCGCCAGAGUACCGUGCGCCGCGCAUAGGCUAUCAACCAGAACCCCCCCGGUCCGGUUUAUGUCUCCUGCUCCGGUUUCCGCUCCUACCCCUGCACCUUACGGUCCUGACUACUAUCAAAGCACGGCCUAUGGGCUACGCCAGCGCAAGGCGGCCAGAGCACAACAAGCAUGUGAUCAAUGUCGAGCGAGGAAAGCUAAGUGCGACGAGGGACGCCCUGAAUGUAGCCACUGCAAGGAAAAUGGGUUGAAGUGUGUCUACAAAGAAGUCCCGACUCAUAAACAGGAGAAAUCUAUUCAGCCUAUCUUAACCCAGCUCAUGCAUUUUAAGGAUGAGGUCCUACAAGAUCUUAAGAGAAUUCACAACGAACAAGAGCACAACACCAAUCUUCUCUCGCGACUUAUCAGCGGACAUGGUACGACCGUUGCCGAUCAAAAUCGACUAAGUCAAUCAGCCAUCCCCGCCCCGGCUCGUGAGCUUCCAGUGAAGAUGGAAUCACAGGUCUUAGCGCCGAUGGAUCCGAUGGCUGAGAAGAGCCCCUACGGACAGCAGCAGAGGAUGGAUCUGGCCACCGUCAGUUUUAAUGAACCAGGAACGAAUGAGGAUAACGAGGGCGAGCUUUCAAUCCCGCUGGAACAUACGACCGCGGCUCACAAACUGUUAAUGUGGCCCUCAAUCAAGAAGUUGCUAAAUCCCCACGACUAUGAUAAGGACUAUGUGAUGGGAUUGGAAGGACAGCGCGGUGUUACUAGCAUCUUCGAUCGCGGUGAGGACUCCUUCUCAGCCGACGGCUCAUUCUUGCCAUGGGACCAAUCUACACCAAAUGGAGAUACGAACGCUCAAAUGCAAUCGGGAUUGCCAAGCUGGGCAGGCUCAGCAUUGCAAGACUCAGAUGCAGAUAUCUCUCGAUUUGGGAUACUGCGAUUAGAUGGCAAAACCGUCAAACGCUACUUUAAUAGCUAUCUCAAUCAGAUGCAUCUGCUGCAUCCUUUCCUCGACCAGAGAGAGCUCGAACUCAAAGUGGAUACCUUUAUUCGCUGCUACUGCCCUACCGAUCCUAAUUCACUCUGCCGUGAUAAGAAGCGUAAGCGCUCAGUUGAAGAUGUGGAUGGCAGUGGUAGAGAUAGUUCGACAAAGCCACCUGUUGGGUUGAAUAUGGAUUGUGCGAUUAUCUUGCUGACUCUUGCUAUCGGUGCUAUUUGCGAGACGAAAUCACCGCUCCCAGGACCCGUGAUGGAGAGGGAACCCGAUUACCGGCAGCAAUUCAUCCCCGGCCCAAGGCAAACUAUUCCAGCACCAGCCAAUGGUACCAACACAGUCAGUGGUUUCCUUUCUCCCGCAAACUCAGAUUCUGCUCUCCCAUCGAACACAUCUUUCUACGCCCCAUUUGAGGGUGGGAGUUAUUCUUUCCCAUCCUCAGCAUCGGAGUCACGCCCCGGUAAAGCUCCGAUACGACGAUCUACCAUCCAUGAUAGUCAACCUAAGAACUACCAGGUGAUCCCAGGUCUAGCCUUAUAUGGCUAUGCAAUACAAUCCCUGGCCUUGCUUCACUCUGGUAUCCAUAUAGAGCAUGUACAGGCAAAUCUUCUUGCAGGUAUCUAUGCUGGACAGCUAGCACACCCGUUCUCAAGCCAUAGCCAUAUUCACAAGGCUGCCUGGGCGUGCCAAGUUCUUGUUGCCUCCAAAGUGAAAGGAGGUCAAACACAGGAUCUCUUGAACUUUGUAUACUGGACUUGUCUUCAGUUGGAGAGUGAUCUUCUGGCCGAAUUGGAUAUUCCUGCCAGUGGUAUAUCCCGCUCCGAGUCUAUAAUCCCUCAUCCAAAGGGCAAAUGGACUAUCCACCCUAUGCCUAACGAUAUGAAAGAUCCUCAUGUUUUGAUGAUGAUGUAUUAUUCAUCCCAGAUUCAUCUUCGCAAAGUUCUCAAUCGCGUCCACACUGAUCUUUACAAGGUGUCAAAGGAAGGUCAAUCUCGUUGGUCGUCUAAGGUGCAAGAAACUCUUAGCCAGAAUCUGGACCUCUGGCACUUCAGCCUUCCCGAUAUCAUGACCUGGAAAGACGAUGAUCCACCUGCGAAGGAGAUCAAUGCAGCUCGAAUGCGAGCUAAGUAUUACGGAGCUCGAUACAUCAUUCACCGACCGUUAUUAUACCAUACUCUUCAUUAUGGUGGAUCUGGCGCACGGAUAGAUGGUCAACCGUCUGUAGACUCCCCUACAGGAUCAGCGGGCAAUUCCCAGCCACAGCAGAUGUCUCCUUCCAUCACCAAUACCUCCCACCGGGCGCAAAAUAUGACACGGAUGCUCAGCGACAUGGGAACAGUCUCGAGCAACCCUGCCGCUGCUUUCCCUAAUGGUUGGACACCACCCACCGUCAACUUGCGAGAUCUCCCUUCUAAGCUUCGACGUGCCUGCAAGGUCUGCGUGGACUCUGCUAUUCUUAGCACAAAGGCCUUCGACGGCAUUGAAGAUCCGUUCGAGGCUCUCAGUAAUUCAUCAUUCAAAGACGAGCCGUAUAAGAACAUGCAAGAUCCACUCGAGGGCCACCGUAUGGAGGAUCCAUUUAUCAUGGACCCGAACUUUGCCUCAAAGGAUGAGAAGACUCGACUUGUGUCCCGUCCAGAUUUACUUACCUCUAUUCUAGUCAAUUCGGAAACCUGCUCGUCCUGUCGGCAACAUACAUGUCCAGUCUCUUCCGAGCUCGUCGAUCGCGACGAGCUGAAAACACUCUUCAAACGAACCAUUCGCUUCCUCCUGCGCAGUGAACACAUCUCUCCAACCCUCCGCGCUGACGCCCGAAUCUUGACGGAAAUCUACAAGAAGAUCUUCCACCACUCCCCCACGCUAGAGAAACCCAGUACCCCUUGA